AUGGCGAACUCAACAGCUUUAUCGAGCUUCGCUUCGCAAAACUAUACAGCAACCAGACAAUCCGUCUGUCAUUCUCUGCAACCGUUCUUGGAUAUGGAAGCCAGAGAAAAUUUACCAAGAUUCUACAGAAUAUCGUCUAUAUGGGCUUGCGUUGUUGGCUCCAUAAUGUGCUUGGCAACACUGCUUUUUAAUACGGUGGUGAUCAUCGCAAUUUGGAGGACACCAGUUCUUCACCAACCGAGAAAUGUUUUACUUUGUUCGUUGGCAGUUUCCGACUUCUUCGUUGGGUUGACUUCGGAACCUUCCUUCCUGGUGGCAGAAAUUUCACUUCUUCUUGGAAAAAUGGAAAUUUACUGCUUGGCCGUGUUUAUUCAUUUCUAUACGGGCUGGAUGUUUAAUGGGAUUUCAUUCCUGACGCUUUCAGCCAUUAGCUUUGAGCGAUAUCUCGCCCUUCGUUUACACCUUCGUUAUGCUGAGUUGAUAACAACCACCCGCGUUUUCAUCACGGCUCUUAUUUACUGGGUGAUAUGGGUCACAUGGAUAACGUUACUGUGGUUUUGGGUGAAAGACAAAGUUGUCACGUACAUACUUAUUGCUUUUUGCUGCCUUACAUUAACAGCUGUGGCCUGGUGCUAUGUUGUGAUUUACAAAACUGUUAAAAGGCACAACAAACAAAUUCAGAGCUCGCAGCAACAAACUCAUCAAUUUCUGGGCCGAUAUCGACGCACGACUAAAACAAUGAUCAUUCUCAUUAGCGCAUUUGUCCUAAGUUACUUCCCCUUCAUCAUCACCUCAGCAAUAAGCGCUACGCAAGAGAAGGAAGACAUGAGAACAUCUGCAGCUCAUUCACUGGCGGUUCUGUUCAUUUUUGGAAAUUCUGCAGCGAAUCCUUUGAUUUAUUUUUGGCGCGUGGCUGACCUUCGGGAGGCUGCCAAACAAGCAGUUAGGAAUCUCCUUCAUUUGAAGAUGGCUGUAGAGACCGAAGUCACCCUUGAGCUAGAAACAAAAUAA